AUGUCUUCCGGCGAGUGGGACCUGCGGGCCCUGAAGGCGCUCGAGGAGGAGGAACAGCGCGAGUUCCUAGCCCUCAGCCAGAGAAACCUCUUCGAUCCGCUGCCGAAUCCCUCUGCGGAUGUCACCAGUGCGAAGCCUUCACUGACUUAUGCCCAGCUGCAUCCUCACCUGCUGAAGCUGCCGACGAUCGACGAGUGCCAGCUGAUGGCCGUCAAGCAGCAGAGAUCAGCGGCCCUGCGAUUCAGUCGUGCCCUCUCCUUGUCCGCCCACUCACUCACCUCGCGAACCGGAAGUGGUACGGCAGGCGGAAGUGGCCUGGGAUUUGGCCGUAAACUGAAAGCCCGCUUAGUGGGCGCCAAGUCGAGUGGCUCACUAUCGCCCGGUCGGCACUCGCACAGCUACAGUGUUUCCCCGGUAUAUACGCCGCCGCCCAUGAGAAGAUGUGCCACCUUGCAUCACACGCAACCGGUUCGAAAAGUCUUCAAAAAUCUUCAACAGCUGCAGGAGCGAAAACGUCAGGCGGCCGGAAGUCACCUGCAGAGGAUCGCCGGCACCGGAAAGACGUACUGGAAGUACGGAGCCAACUCCACGGCCGCCUCGAUAGUGGGCCAACGUGCACGCCAAAUCCAACCGAUCGAGGGCGAGGAGUCCAACGGCUCGGAUGAGCUGAACUCGGAGCCCCAGGAAAUCUCCGAGGCGGAAACGGGCUCCUGCAGUGUGCCGCUGCCGUCGAAGGACACCAAUGAAAUACUCCGCCUAAUGCUAAGUGCGGCCAGCUCGGCGGUGACUGUGACGCCAACGGCGGCUGCCAUUGGCAACGGUAACGUGGCCGGAGCAACUGGUGGCGCCCCGCCAAUGCGUCGCUACCAGAAUGCCAGCGAUGUUGAGGAGGACGAAACUGUUGCGUACGGAGCUUUCCACCAGGCGGCCAAAAGCUUCGAGCGCGGCGCUCUCCUGCGAGUCGGCAGCUUAACAGCCCAAGAGAGCGAUAACAGCAAAGUUAAUGCCAUGAGCCCCAGUCCGCAGAACAGUCCCGCCAGGGAAACACAAUCCACAGCGCUGGGCGGAACGAGUGGCAGGCGUGUGUUCAAGUCCUGCUCAUUGGAUUGGCCCGGGGAAGCGCAACAGCAUCAGCAGCAUCUAUCCCCGCAGCCACAUCAAGCUGCAAAUCAUGUGGAGCUGGUGGAGCAGCAGGGAAAGGACAUUCGCUUUCGGCAGAGGGAUCACUGGGAUCUCGAGCACGCCCACUUCCAUCACGAGGCGCUUGGACACCUAACAACCAGCGCCACCGUCAUCGAUGACGAUCUUGAGCAGCACAUCAAGCAGUGUUCCUGCUCCUGCAACCACAUGGGCUAUGGCAACUCAAUGGACUAUCAGACGACUGGUUUCGGUGGAUUGCCCGACGUCACAGAGCACUCGAACAUCCGCCGCACACUGUCCCGCCAGAACUCGAUCUCGAACAGCGAUUCCGGCGGCGAGAUAGCCAGCAUCCAGAAGUCGAAGGUGAACUUUGGCAAUCCCCUCGCCGGCGGCGUAGUCGUCGGUGGAGAUAUUGUUGGUCUGGACGCCAAGUCGCCCACAUCGCUGGGUUCCACGACUGGAGCCGGCGCCACUGGUAAAGCGAAGGGAAAGGCGUCAAGGAAAGCGAAUGCCGGACCGGAUGGCGGACAGAAGGGCAGGCGAGGAUCCUGGCUGGUGGCCAUCACCCUGGUCAGCGCCAUCUGUCUACUGGCCAUCGCCGCCACUUUGGCCUACCAGCAUUUCCUUAUGGCGCCCAGCCGCAAUUCCCAUGCCCAAAGACUGAGAAUCGUUCGUCGAAUCCUGCGUGAGGUGCCGCUGGUCGACGGGCACAACAAUUAUGCCUGGAAUGUGCGCAAGUACGCCCACAGCAGCCUGGAACUCCAUCUCAGCCACGACGUGGACCACAAGUCACUGUGGGCGCGGCCGGCGUGGGCGCAAACGGACAUGGAGCGACUCAAGCAGGGAUUAGUCAGCGUCCAAGUGUGGUCAGCAUAUGUGCCGUGCGAGGCGCAGGGCUUGGACGCGGUCCAGUUGGCUCUGGAGCAGAUCGACAUUGUGCGGCGAUUGUCGGACAUGUAUGCCCGGGAAACGGUGCUGGCCACAUCCUCGCAGGACAUUGUCGAUGCACAUCGCCGGGGACUGCUGGCCUCGCUAAUUGGCGUCGAGGGUGGCCACACGAUUGGCUCCUCCCUGGGAGUGCUGCGAUCCUUUUACUCACUGGGCGCACGCUAUCUCAGCCUGACCCAUCGCUGUGACGUCUCAUGGGCAGGAUCGAGUGCAUCACCGGCGGAACAGGGACUCACGCCCUUUGGCAAGGCCAUUGUGCGUGAGAUGAACCGGCUGGGCAUGAUGAUAGAUCUGUCGCACAGCUCGGAUGCCACGGCCAGGGAUGUGCUUCAGGUGACCCGCGCUCCGGUCAUCUUCUCGCACUCCGCCGCCCGCCAGCUGUGCAAUUCGACGAGAAAUGUGCCGGAUGACAUCUUACGCCUGGUGGCCGAGAACGGGGGUCUUAUCAUGCUGAGCUUUGACUCCGAGGAUGUGGCCUGUGGGCGGCAGGCGCGCCUACAGGACGUGAUCGAGCACAUUAAGUAUGUGCGAGCCAUUGCCGGCAUCCAGCACAUUGGACUGGGAGCCGGAUACGAUGGCAUCGAGCUGCCGCCCUUGGGACUGGAGGAUGUGUCCAAAUAUCCCGAGCUAUUGGCCGCCCUGCUGGAGGAUCACAACUGGAGCGAGGAGGAUGUGGCCAUGCUCGCGGGCAGGAAUUUUCUGCGCAUCAUGGAAACGGUGGAAACGGUGCGGGACUACUGGAAGCGAGCGGCCAUCCAGCCCAUUGAGCAGACGGAGCCCCAGCCCAAGACGCAGUGCACCUACAUGUCCUCGUGACCGCAGGCGCAGGCGGUGAGGCAGCGACGCGAUGAGCCGCCCAUGGAGCGGGCCAAUCGCACCACUGCCACCUUGACGGGGGAGCACUUCUGGCAACGCGGUCCGGAGUCGAGGGACUCCGUCACCAAUCGCACCAAUCCGGCGGUCAUCGCGGCCACGACAACGAGUUUUACGGUCAGCGAACUGCUUCAGUAAACUGGAAUUAGAGCAAGGGAUUUUGGCUUGCGGUUCGGCUCGCCGGGAUUUCGGGAAUGGAGGGCGUUUACUAAGGUACUGAAAACCCGGAAAGGGUCUUUAAAACAGUUCAAUUCAAAGGGAAUAAUUUUUCUUUAGAUAUUCAAUAUUUCAUUAUUUUCUUUGGGAAUGAGAAACACAUUUUGAUAAAGCCAAAUAUUGGUGACUCAAUUGGAAAUUCGUUAAAUAAGCCAAUAUGUACAUAAACUAGAUCCUUUGUGCUGCCAUCACUGCCCCUCCUCUGGUCGAAAAGUGAACGAAGAACUGUCGUGGCGAACCUCGUGAAUAAUUAGUGUGUACUCGUAAUUUACUUCCAUAGGAUGCAUUGAUAGGCGUAUGAAUAAAUAAUAAUAAUAAAUGUACUAGUAUUUAGCCCAUAAUUGUUUGCAGCUAUACUUAUUUGGUGUUGUGGCAAUGCAUAAUUUAUGCACAAUGCGGAUACUUAUUGAUGUUGCUGUACCACGGGGCGUAUGCGCGACGCAGCGAGCACCGAACCGCAAACCGAAAUCGUUCUUGGCUUGCCUGUGACUGUAUUAUAUAUGUAGGGCACACAUCAAUGAUUCACGCAAAUUAUCGCAAUUAAGCGCAAUAUAUUUAAUCACAAACAUCACACAUACAGAUUAACAUACGUAUUAACCAUCGAAACGAAUUAAUUGCAGCAGAUUUCCCACAGUUGGCAUUUAUGCCAGGAUCAUGGGGUCAAAAAAAACAUGCACAACUGUAUAAUCAGUCGUAAGCACCGCCAGCAAUUCAAUUAAAAUGGGAUUUUUCACCCUGGCUGCAUGUGAAUCCAUCUGAAUUUCUGUAUUAGGUUAGUUAACAAAACACAAAUGAAAAAUCCCCAAAACAAAAUCAAAAAAACGAAAUGUUGUUCGUGUAUGCAUAGCUACAUAUAUACAUAUAUACCACUCGAAAAAAAACGCAAAAUAAAAGUAAAAUGCAGCAAAAGCAAUGCGUGUCUCGAAUAGAACGACACGCAUUUCCAUAAAAAUA